AUGGCGAUACAUCUUACAUUGGCUCUGUGUCUGACGCUGGCUCUACACUGCAACGCUCUGCAGCAUGUAUCCUUGGCACCUUCAGGUGAGGAAAAAGUGUUGCCAGUUCUCAGUGAGGUUGUACACGCUGUGUUGGAUGCCCAGUGCUCCAUUUUCGUGGUUACUAAUGGCAACGCAACCUCUGCUACGAUAAGCAAAUUUCUUCGACAAAACACUUCUCCUUGGGGCGUGGGUGUCUUUGAGGUGCCAGGAAGUGAUUAUUCUCCUAAGACUAUGGCUGGUAAAGAACUACAUCAGGUGAUCCAGACAGCGCGUAAAGUCCGUGAGUCGUCGUCGUGCGUGAGCGUGGUGGUCCUGAGCGACGACCUCGCCUUCCUGGCCUCCUUCGCCGAGUCGUCGCUCCGGGGUCGCCUCCUGGUGUGGGCCACGAGGCUCCUGGUCGUCACCCGCCUGCCCCUUCAGGAGCUCCGGCGGCUUUACCAGACUCUCUCCUUGACGAAUUCCGCUCUCUUGGUUCUCAGUCAGGAUCUGGUCCGCGCUAGUAUUUACGUGCAGCUGCCCUACAGGCCUCCAAGCGGGCAGCUGCAGAAGGUCGCAUCUUGGUCUUCUCAGGGCGGCCUGGUCCUUCAAGAAAAGGUUUUCCCCGACAAAUUUUCAAGGUUUCCCGAAGGAGCUUCUCUCACAGUGGCGGCGGAGCAAUACUUCCCGCACGUGGAAGUCGUUGAGAGUCCAGGGUCGUCUUUCUCCUUUAGAGGACCCAUGGCCAAACUGCUUGAUAUUUUGGCAAAGUCCAUGAAUUUCACGUACAGUUUCAAGCGCCCUCCCGACGGAGCCUGGGGAGGGAAACUGCCAGACGGUUCUUACAACGGCAUGGUCGGAAUGGUAUCGAGGAAGGAGGUGGACCUCGGUCUGGGGCCCUUCGGCAUGAGCACCGUCCGCGCCGCCGUCGUAGACUUCACCAAACCGAUCCUGAUAGACUAUGCGAGAAUCCUAGGCGGCAGAGGGCGCGCCGAGAUCGAUCCCUGGGGCUUCCUACUGCCUCUGACGCCCGAAGUGUGGGCGGGGUUGGCGGCGCUGGGGCUUCUUGUCCUACUGUCGGUGGCCUCCCUGUCUUACCUGUCUAGGCAGUACCUACCUGGGCGGGGCUCCAGGAACUUGUACUUCGGUGUCACUUGUAUGAUUCAUCACCGAAAUAGAUGCUUGUUAUCAGACACGAAGGUGCUGCCGGAGCGGCGGUGGGAGCGCGUGCUUCUCGCCGGCUGGAUGAUCGUGACGCUGGUGACGGUGAAGAGCUACGCGGGGAACCUCAUGUCCCUCCUGGCGGUGCGUCACAUCCCGCAGCCCUACCAGUCGGUCAGGGACGUCCUCGACGACGCCUCCUGCACCAUGAUCUGGGAGGCGAACACGGCCUACGUGCAGUUUGUGGAGAGCGUGUCUUCCGGAACUUUCCACGAAGUCUCGAAGGCCGGGAAGGCUGGCCGCAUCCUGUACAAGAAGACCACCGAGUACCUGGACGCCAUCGACUCCGUCAGAUCGCGUCCUUACGUCCUUAUCCUGGAGGACCUCACACACAAACUCCUCAUGGGGCAGGACUUCUCAAACACCGGUCGGUGUGAUUUCUACACUUCCCGCGAGUUAUUCCUUCCUUUCAUCUUCGCCAUGAUCGGGCAGAAGAACCAUCCCCUCGUCCCUGCUCUUAGCGAGAGAAUCACGGCGGUCACGGAGGCGGGCCUGUACAGCCACUGGGUGGAGGCGAGCAUCCCGAACGCCACCUCCUGCGCCAGGACUCCCUCCAAGAUCACGGUCACUUCCAGCCUCUCUUUCGCCAACCUUUGGGGUAUGUUUGUUCUUCUAUUAAGCGGACAAGUGGUGGGGUUGGUCGUGCUGGCGCUGGAGAUAAGCAUACACAGGCUGUCACGUUGA